CGGGCUGUCUCCUCCCCUUCCUGAGCUCGGGCGGGCGCCGCGCGCGCUGGAAUGACAGGCAUUCCUGCUCCGAGGGAGCUGGCACCGGAGCUUAUUUAUGAGAACCAAGUGCCUGGCCCUGGGGUACGGGGAGAGCGGGACCCGCGCCGGACCGUCCGACACCCGUGCCGCUGCCGGAGGUUUGGCAGCUGCCUGGUUCCCGAGGCUCUGGAUACUUUCCCGGUCUGAGGCAUGGAUUUAUCAUUUUAGGAGACUCAAAGUACUCAGGGUAGACUUCUUUUCUUCCCUCCCCCCCGGAGAGCUGCUUAGAAAGGAGCCUAAUGGGGCAGCCGCACUUCUCGAGACCGGUCAGUCCAGCUGCUUUUGCUGAAGAAGUGGAUCACCCGCCGACGGAUGCCGGCAUGGGGGUGGACGUCCUGGAAUCCGGUGACACGACACCCCCUACAAAGAGGAAAAGCAAGUUUUCGAGCUUUGGCAAGAUCUUCAAGCCUUGGAAGUGGAGGAAAAAGAAAAGCAGCGACAAAUUUAAGGAGACUUCGGAAGUUUUGGAACGAAAGAUUUCUAUGCGAAAGCCAAGAGAGGAGCUGGUAAAAAGAGGGGUUCUGUUGGAAGACCCUGAGCAGGAUGGUGAAGAACCAGAGAAGCUCGACCCACCUGCACUGAAGAAUGGCCACACGGUCCCUAUCGGUGGUCCUGGGGUUUGCAAUCGGACCAGCCAAGAGGAAGAGGCCACAAAGCCGCCAAGCCUCGGGAAGCCUGUUCCUGCUGAGGAACCAAAGAAAAGGCAGGGCUCUUCCAGCAGCCAUCCUGGUGCAGAAUUGGAGCCACCUCAGGAGCCGCAUGUCCCCAGACAGCCUCUGCUUCCUCCGAAAAGACCCCCCUCCACUUCCCAGGAGGCAAAUGAAGCGCAGGUGAAGGAUCCUGCCCCUGCCAGCAAUCCUGCGAGAACUGCGUCCACCUCCACAGCCCCCGUGGCAGCAAAGACAGUCAUUUCCCCAGCUGCCCCUUCCCCGGCCCCCCGGACUCUGCCCCCUGCUCUUGCCAGUGCCAACACUACUGCUCCCACGAGUACAACCAGCACGGCUCCUGCCAAACAGCCGCCCAUCCCUCCGCCCAAGCCUGUGAACAGAAAUAGCACCUCAGUCAUAGCUGAACUUUCUCAAGCAAUGAAUAGUGGUACAGGCUUGUCUAAGCCUUCCCCUCCCCUCCCACCCAAGAGAGGCCUCAUGCCCAACAACAGCUCAGAGUCAGCUCUCGCUUCCAAGCCCCCGAGCGAGAGGACAGUGACGGCUAACCGCCCUGCCCCGAUGCCCGUGCACGUGGCCCCUGCUUACCCGCCACCCUCGCCUUCGCCGCCGCUGCCCACGCACAUACCGCCUGAGCCUCCACGCACCCCCCUGCCUGCCUCCACCCCUGCCUUGGACCCUCCACGCUCCCUGGACCUGCCCAAAGAGACUCCUCCUCCGCCUGAAGACUUCAGGUCCCUGGAAGCAACGAAGAGGGCGGCAGAGCAGGGGUUUGGCGAACCUCACGUGCUGCCUCGGCUGCUGCAGAUCCCCUUGCACAUCCGAAUCCAGCAGGCUCUGGCCAGUCCCCUGCCUGUCACGCCGCCUGCCGAGGGCUCGCACAGGGCUCACUCGCUGCUCUUCGAGAACGAUGGCUUUGGGGAAGACAACGGCACCCUGGGCCGGACGAGGUCCCUGCCGGUCACCAUCGAGAUGCUGAAAGUUCCAGACGAUGAGGAAGAGGAAGAUGAGCAGGAGGAGGAGCAGAGUUCGGGCCCUCGUGUGUAUAUUGGAGAUGUGCCAUCUGUCACGGUCAUCCCAAAGCUGGUACCCCAGGCCCUCCCAGAGGAGCAGGAGGGAGAUGAAGGGAUGAGCGACUCUGACUCGGAGGGGCCAAUCCUGUACAAGGAUGAUGAGGAUGAGGAAGAUGACGAAAGCCAUAACAGCACGCUGGCUAACAAAGUGAAGAGGAAAGACACGCUAGCUAUGAAGCUGGGGACCUCAACUGCCCCGCACGAGGAAAAGAUUGUCUUCCCUCGGAAGAGCAAGGAGGAGUGGAAUGAAAUUCGGCACCAGAUCGGGACAACACUGAUCAGGCGACUGAGUCAAAGACCGACAGCGGAAGAACUGGAGCAGAGGAACAUACUUCAGCCAAAAAAUGAAGCUGACCGUCAAGCUGAGAAGCGAGAGAUCAAACGCAGACUCACCAGAAAGCUUAGCCAAAGGCCUACGGUGGCAGAGCUGCAGGCCAGGAAGAUCCUGAGAUUUAAUGAAUAUGUGGAAGUAACAGAUGCUCAAGACUAUGACCGGCGAGCGGAUAAGCCAUGGACAAAGCUAACACCAGCUGACAAGGCUGCCAUCCGGAAGGAACUGAAUGAGUUUAAGAGCUGUGAAAUGGAAGUCCACGAGGACAGCAAGCAGUUCACACGGUACCAUCGACCAUAAUCUUCCAAGAGGGAGCAAGAGACCCAAGAGGACUGAAAGUUCUCAGUGUCCAUCUCCUGGCAAUUCAGUGAGGGUGAACCUCGACUCUUCCAAGAUUUGCCUUCAAAACAUACCUAGAAAAGGGCUCUCGGCUGGGGAAGGGGAACUCCUGUCUGAAUGUAGCAUUUCACUGGAACAAACGUGUCUCGAGUGCCAUCAGGCUGGAACUGAACACUAUACCUCGCACGGCUCAGCAAUACGCCUCUCCUGGCACCCAGCAUCCCUGCCGGGAGACCAUGCACAUGUGAACGAACAGUUCCUUCCCCAGCUCCCUUUCUCAACUGUGCCAGGCCCAGUUCUCAGCUGUACAUACUCCUUAUGAUUGGAAACUUUAAUUUUCCUUCUCCUUAUCAAGGGGAGGAAAAAAACCUGGCAGCUCUGGUGUUUGAGAGCUGAGGAAUGGAGAAGCGGAUGUGCCAGGAAGCACGUGUGUAUAUUAGCUGUGUACAGAAACCCUGCACAGAUGCUGACCUGGCAGACAACUGACAUGUGACUCGAUUUUUUUGGUUUUGCUUGCGUCUCUGUAAUGUACUUAAUGUCCUGAAUCACUACUGACCAAUGGUUUGUUGUCCUGGAAGGGAAUUGUAUAGAUAUUAACAUAUGCUGCAUCUUUUGUUUAAAAAAAAAAAAAAAAAGAAAACACAAAACAAAAACCCCUUUAAAUGUAUAAAACAUUCCCUCCCCACUCUCUCUCACUUGCUCUGAUGUUAACAGAUUUUGUCUUGAGAUAUUUAGGCUUCUUUAACAAAUUUCAGAACCAGGAAAUGACUGUUGCCUUUUUAGAACUUUUUAAUUUGGGGAAGCUGUGAUAGUAGUCAAUUCUUUUUAUUGUGGCUUCCUCUGUGAUGUUUUUUACUUUCACAGAUCAGGGUGAAACUUGCCUUUUCUUUUUUUACAGCAAAACCUACUGGAAACUUGAUCAUUUCACUGUGUGGGUGGAAGAUGUGGGGGGAGAAGAGGUUUAAAAAGUGACCUUAAAACAUAUUCACUCUCUACUGAGAAUGAUUACUUACUGGUUCUUCCUGAAUGUUUUGGUUUUUAAUUCUGGUAUAGGCCACUGCUGUAUCAUGCACAAAACCCGCCCCGUGGGUGAGAUGCCACGUACCACGAAGGGUAGAGGAAAGGUGGUGUCGCAGGACUGCGCUAUGGGGUGAGAGGACUUGUCUUGCUCACGAGCCGGUCCUGCUCCUCGCUUGACCGCGCCACGCCACGAAGGGCCGCUGUGGGCCGGCCCUCGGCGCUGCUCCCCCGCUGCCCUGGCUCUCGCGCUGUGCCAAGACGUGCCGGGCUGGGGUCCGGCGUCCCCCUGCGCUUCCCCUGCAGCCUCGGUGUUGCUCGCUGCAGCCCUGAGGGGACGCUGAGCCGGGGGCGGCCUGUGUGGCCCUGUCCCCGGCCCUGUCCCUGCCACCGCCAUGCUGGGCUGUGGAGGAGAAGGCCGAGGGCGUGUUCCCCCUCGUGGCUUCCCCUUGUACAAUAUGGCUGUAGACUAAAUCAUUGCAUUGUAUAUCUGUCUCCUCAUCAACAGAUUUUAAUUAUUGAAUAAAAGUAUUUUAGGAUUUUUUUUAA